AUGAACACUUUCAAGAUGUUCUAUGGAGAUUUUGACUAUACUGAUUCGUGUGAGGUCUCGGGUAAUAUAGACAGAAUUGACCAAGUGGUGGAUGUUAUCCGGAGGACUGACAAAAUCAUAUCCGAUUUCGCGUUUUCUGGGACUUACGCACCUACUAUUUUCUGCACCGAUGAACAUUUCAUAUAUGAGAGGUCUGAAAAUGACUACAAAUUCUACAGAAACAACCUGGAUUCAAAUAACAGAGAGGUAGUUAUGAGCUUUGGGGAGGAGUCUGGAAUAUGUGACGACGAAGACGUCUUUGCUGCAAUGCUUCACCCAACAACUGGCGCUGUUAGUGACUGGAUGCUUAUUUGCCCAUUCAUGUUCGAGAAAUGGCUCGGGUCUGACUCAAACUCUGACUCCGGUUCUCAGUCUGACUCUGGAGAUGACUUACGUUACCUAUCCGAUUAUCGUGCCCUGAGCCUAAACGACAUGAUUGGAAAACAUCUAGAUGAUAUUAUGGGGGAUUGCCCGGAAGGUGUACUCUUUCAUGAACUUUCCCACUCCGAGCAUGUUUUCAGUUUUAUAGAUGUGGAUGACAACGGUAACCAGGUGGAGCAAAAUAUCAAUCUCGACGAUGUUGAAAUUUCUCCUGGGCGUGAAGCAUACCAAGCCGAAGGAGUAGCGAUGCUUGCGAGAGUUUCUCAAAACAAUCCUUUGAAGAUGGUUCGAAACGCUGGUAAGGGUCCAAUGGUGUAUCUCGAGAUGGUUAAUAUCCUAAUGAUGAACUAA